AUGAGCCGCCGGCCCCCGGGCGCCGCGGCGCUGCUGCUGGCGCUGCUGGCGGAGUGCGCCGAGGCCAAGAAGCACUGCUGGUAUUUCGAAGGACUCUACCCCACAUACUACAUAUGCCGCCCCUACGAGGACUGCUGCGGGUCCCGGUGCUGCGUGCGGGCUCUGUCCAUCCAGCGGCUGUGGUACUUCUGGUUCCUCCUCAUGAUGGGCGUGCUCUUCUGCUGCGGAGCCGGCUUCUUCAUCCGGAGGCGCAUGUACCCGCCGCCGCUGAUCGAGGAGCCCGCCUUCAACGUGUCCUACUCCAGGCAGCCCCCGAACCCGGCGCCAGGAGCGCAGCCGCCGGGGCUGCCCUAUUACACCGACCCCGGAGGGCCCGGCGUGAAUCCCGCCCUGAAUCCCAUGGCCAUGGCUUUCCAGGUCCAGCCCAACUCGCCCCAGGGGAGCGUGCCCUACCCCCCGCCCCCCUCCUACUGCAACACGCCCCCGCCGCCCUACGAACAGGUGGUGAAGGCCAAGUAG